AACUCAAGUCGAUCCUGAUCAAAAUGAUUGCCGCUCUUGCUUUCGCCGCUCUCGUCGCUGCCGCUCAGGCCGGAGCUGUUGGCUACGGAUACGGUGCCGCCCCAGCCAUCGGAUACGCCGCUGCUCCCGCUAUCGGAUACGGACACGCUUACGGUCACGGAAUCGCCGCCGCUCCCGUCCUCGGACACGGAUAUGGCCACGCUUACGCUGCCCCCGUCAUCGCUAAGGCUCACGCUCCCAUCGUUUCCUCCUACUCCACCGUCACCAAGCACGUUGCCCCCGUCGUCCACGCCGCCCCCGUCGUUGCCAAGGUUGCUGCUCCCGUUGUCCACGCCGCCCCCGUUGCCUACGGCCAUGGUCUCGCAUACGGUCACGGAGCUUACGGACACUACUAGAUUUCUGCGAGAGGAAGAGACAUUCUAGUGUUGUAAAUAAAGACAUCCGUUGA